UUCUGUUACUUGACACACUCAAGAUCUUAGUGACUUCAACGAUACCUAAAUAAACAACAAUAAAAUCCAAUUUUGGUGUAAAUGUAGACGUCUAUAACAAUGUAAGAAUGAACGAUGUUAGGAAAAAAAAUCUAGUGGAAGGCAUUGGGAAUGAAGUACUUUAUGUUUUGUUCACUAUCUUGGCUGGUUGCUUAGCAGUGUUUCUAUAUUUCCAUCGCAGACAGAGACUAGGCCUCACUAUUCAUCCUGACAGUGUCAAUAAUGUAGCCACAACUCGAGAACAACUUCAAACUGAAGGAGGUCAAAGAGGUAGCCAGAGACGAGCUAAUCAUGCUAAUGAUGGAAGUCUACAGUGCCCAAUUUGUUUAGGGUCAGCAGCAUUUGCCAUCGAAACAAAUUGUGGACAUGUUUUUUGCGGUCAUUGCAUGAUUACUUAUUGGGAACACCAGACAUGGCUAGGAGCAGUUAGAUGUCCAUCUUGUCGAACUCAGGUGUCUUUACUUCUGCUCAAUUUCACUUCGGAAGAACAUGCACACGAAAGUGACGAGAGACGUGAAGUAAUUACUAAAGUUAACCAGUACAACAGGCGUUAUUCUGGGGAAGCUAGAACUAUUCAAGAAUAUUUACAGGAUUUGCCCACUCUAUUAAGACAUACAUUUCAUGAGUUCUUUAGCAUUGGAGGAUUAAUGUGGAUGUUUAGAUUACGUAUAGUGAUUCUGGUUAUAGCUGCCUUUGUGUAUUUGGUAUCCCCACUGGACAUAUUGCCUGAAGGAGCUUUCGGCAUUAUAGGUUUUCUAGAUGACAUCUUUAUAAUACUAUUUAUAGCUGUAUAUAUAAGUGUCCUGUAUAGAAAUUAUGUUGCAGGUAGAGGUGUCAUUUAGUUAGUAUUAGUUUUCCUAUUUCUUUUUUUUUUUUUUUUUUUGUCCUAAAUUAAUUAACAAAGCAUUUAUUUAUAAAAAGCAAUUUUUCGUUUAGAAAAUAAAAUACAAAAUGUGUUAAUUUUUAGUUUUCAUUUGUAAAGAUUUAUUAAUAAAUAUAUCAUCCAUCAAUAAUCUUAUAAAUAUUUAGUUUGCUAAAAAAAUUAGUUGAAAAAAGGUUUUACUAUAUUAUUUAAUUUAAUCAUUUUUUAAGGUUGCCAUUUUGACUUGUGUAUGCUUCUUGAAUACUGUAACAGAUAUUGACCUGUUACGUUUCGGUGACCAGUGGUUCCCUACUGCCUCCUCUCAUUCCUAAACCCUUCCAAAGAAAUUGUGGUUGUCUUCUCUGAAUUCCUAGAAAUAUUUUUUAUAAGUUAUUAACCUUUCUUUAAACAUUCAACAUCUAUUGCAAGACAGUUAAAUAACAUGGGAAGUAACUCUGAAUAUUUUGUUCUGUAAUACUUAAACUUCCACUGCUGAAGCUGCAUCAUAUUGAGCUAAUAUUCCACAUUGGCCACAACUAAAAUAAUUAUGUUUUGUCACUCCUUGCAAUUUUAUCUUACAUUUCUGUUUUAACUAGUACAUUGCGAUUCAUGCACUUCUUCUGGGACUGAUCAGUUUAUCUGCCAUUUGCUUUUUUCUUUGAAUCCUUUCAUGAAAUUUUGUUUCCAUUUGAGCAGCUCUUUAAUUUUCAAUUGAUUAAAUUUCAAUUAAUUUUCAACGAUAAUGUGGAAGACUUCAAAGAUCAGUCCCUUACAGCAGAAAAUCACUUUGCUUUGAAACAAAACAAAAAAAUUACUAUCAGCUCAGAUGUUAAUAUUUUAGCUAAUUAAAUGUACAAACAAACUAAUUGAGUUUAUAUUUUUGCUAAGACAUGAACAUAAUUUUUAUUUACAUUAUAACUUUUUCUCUCAAUUGUGUUCUUUUCUUUGCUAUGUACUCAAUAUUUGAUGUAUUUUUUAGUUUCUUGUGUUCUGUAUACAUCAGCUUCUCAUCAUUGAUUAUUUACUAUAGAUGUAAAAAAAAAAGUUACAGAUAUUUAUAUAAAUAAUUGUUUAAAUUAAGAUUGUUAUCUAGCAUAAUUUUAAAAAAAUAUAUUUAAAAUACAAAUAGGGAUUCUUAGUAAUUUCUUUCAGAGUCAAUAUUGUUUUCAUUGUGGAUUAAAUAUUUUUUAUAAGCUUAGACAAGUUGAACAAAUAAAGUUAGAUCUAAAUUUUUUUUUCAGAUCUUAUAUAAACAAAGAUAUUUAAACUAUUAAAUUCUAAUUUCUAUAAUGUUUGUAUUAUCCUGUUUUUAAGUUUCCUCUUGUAGUAUUGUGACAUCUUAUCUGAAAAACAUAAUGGAAAAAAAAAAUUGAAUUCACCAAUGUUUUAAUGAGCACUAUUUGAAAUUGUAUCACACAUAUUUUUCAAAGCAUAUUUUGUUCCAUUUUGUGCACUGGCCUCUGAAGUAACCCCUUUUCUAAAACCUCGCCUUCCUUUUUAAAUCUACUGGCCACACUGUAGUUGUGUUUUGAUUUAGUCUUAUUUAUUUAUCAAUUAAGCUUGAUCCAUUGUUGGUAGAGCACAUGUGUUGUGUGUGUGUGUGUGUGUGUUUGCUUAGCCUACUAAAUCUCACUACAAAUGUGCUGCCUCUUGAAGCAUUGAUGACAAACCAAUGUGCCUAAUUUGUUGCUUUUCUGCUUACAUGCUUAUGAAUGUUCAAUCUAAGUACUUUCCUAACAUUCUUGGCAUUAUAUUAAACAAAUUAUAACUGCCAUGUGAAAUUUUUUGUCUAUGACAUAUUUUUACAUAAUACUUGCCAUUUGAAAACUAUUUAAAGAUUUAUGUGACAGAAUAAUAGGAAGCAAGCUGCACAAUCAUGAAUUAUGUCAAAUUUUAAUUUUGCUUUUAAAAAGUACAAGUAGUAUGAAAAUUGUUAAUUGUGUAUUUAAAAAGGUUUUUGUAACAAUUUUUUCCAUAACACUUUUAAGUUUUACAUCUACCUUUUUUUUAAAUUAAUUUUUUUAUCGUGAGGUUUUAAAACGUUCUCGUAAAAUAUAAAUCUCUUUAAAUAAAAGCAACAAUAUGCUCGAUUUCAAUGCAAGGGAAACAACUUCAUGUGUUUCCUUGCAGACCAGUGUGGCAUGUUGAAAAGCUUGUCAUCUUCAACAAUCAGCAUUAAACUAAGAAUUGUGUAUACACUGAUUUCUCUUACCAGCUGCUAACAUUUAUGAAAAGAAAAUUGUUCAUUGGAACUACUUAGUCCUUGAAGUGCAUGGUACAUUCCUUCACUUUAAUAAUUGAGUUAAUUCAUUGCCAUACAUGGGAUACGUUUCCACAAUGUUAUCUCUGUUCAAUGUUUAGUUUCAAAUCAAAAGAAAGAAUUUUAUUUCAUAACUUAUUAUAUUUGUAACUGAGCAUUUUAAAUGAGUUUAUUUUGCAGCCUGUAUUAUAAAGUUAUGUCCCAAACAUUAUUGUAUUUAAACCUUUUCUAUAAACCUAUCCAGUGUAUAUAAUAAGUACCUAAGCCAGUAGCCAAAAUUGUAAGAAUGAUUCACUGCAUGAGAUGCUUGUAAUAGUGUGAGGUAUCAACAAAUGUCUGUACAUCUGAUGGAGUCUUUUUUUUUUUUUUUUUGAUAAUGCAAUAUUAUGAAAUCUA